AUGUCGGUCACGUGUACCGAGACCUUGCCCACGCAUUACAGAGGCUCCCUCAGCUCCGGCUCUCCGAGGUCCAACAUAAUCGGCCUCAGCCGCUCCCCUACCUUUGGGCUUGGGGACCCCUUCGAGGCAGAGAGCUCCGACUCUCGAGCUUCUCAGGUUGCUUUGGAGGAGCGGAUGGCUCCCUUGCCAUCGCUUGGCCUCGUGAUGUACUCUGGGUUCCUGUCAACCUUGGCCUUAGACAUCGUGGUCGCGACGGUCGACGAGUACUCCAGAAAACUCGGGGCAGGGGCGCUCUUCAGUGGACUUGUCAUUGCGUUGACGCCUGUUCUCCAAGGCUUGAUCGGGGUCCCUCUCAAUCGCUGGAUGUUGAAAUCAGCUUCCAUGAAGACGGUGAGUAUUCUUAUGGCUGCUGGUAUGGUUGUGGGACAUAUCAUCUACUCCCUUGCCGGGCUCAUGCACUCGAAAUUGGCCGUGCUGUUUGCUCGCGCUCUCAUUGGCAUUUGUCAGUUCCAAUUGUUUGCACCCAUCUACAUUGCAGAUGCUGUGGGUGUCAAGAGGCGAACACCGGUGUUGUUUGUGUAUUCUGCAGUCGCGACUUCGGCGCUGGCAGUGGCCCCGGCCAUUUGCGGUUUGCUGGAAACCUUCCUGCAUGAGCUGCGGGUUCAUAAUCUUGUGCUGGACUCCGACACAGCCCCCGGUUGGUUCAUGGCGAUUGUAUACUUUUUGUACUUGUUGAAGGUGGUCUUUUUCUUCGAGGACCCAGAAAAGGUGCGCUCACCGGAAACGAGCCAUGCUACUGCAUCCCCGGUCGAGGAGCGGGAGUCACUGUGGACGACUGGCAUCCUUCUGUGCCUCUUAGCAGGCUUUGCGAGCACUAUGACGAACAUCGGGUGCAUGGUCUACUUCACGCAACUGUCGCAGCACACUUGGCACUGGAGCGUGGCAAGGAGUUCCUGGGCUCUUGCAGGGCUCAUGGCGGUCGUGUGCGUGCUGUCGCUGGGGAGCAGCCGGCUCGUGAAGCUCGUGGAGGACAGGAAGGGCCUCCAGCUGAGCACGCUCUCCACUGCGAUCAUCUCCACACUUGCUUUGCACUUCUCGUCGAGCUGGUCCGCGGCCACGAUGACAUUGACCUUCGUUGGCCUGUUGCUCCUCCAGGCUACCAGCUGUGUGGUCAAGAGCUACGCCUAUGCACUCACGCCGAAGAUCGUGGCUCCGCACUUGAAGGAUCGAGCCGCAUCUUGGCUGCUUCUGGCUCUGACCCUGGGCCGAGGGGUUGGGGCGCAAGUUGGGGUGAUCUUCACUCCCGUGUCCUUUGCGUUCACCAUGCUGGGCACGUACCUUUUGCUCUUUGCCCUCGUUUCCGUCUUCCGAUCUCGGAUGAAGCAGCACGCCAAGGCCGUGUAA